UUUCAGCGGGCCGGUGGGAGGAUAGCAGUUACCGUCCGGGAUAUUCAGUUUGUUCAUGGUCAACACAUGAUCUGUAAAGCCAAGUGGGAAUAUUUUAUCACUUUAAUUCUCACGUCAGUAUGCGAUUGAUUUAGCUUUUUUCUUUUUAAAUUCGCGGAGCAACGAGUAUCGGCUUCAUUUUUUAGAGACUUGGAUAGAAAAGGCCAUCAACAUGAACUCCGUACUAACAUCUGUACGAUCCCUCAUGCAAAUGUUCGAUGGCAAAGUCCAAGAAUUCAAGAGCGACAUUGAUAAUGUCCACAUGGUUUGGCUUGAGGAGAUCCAACAAGAGGCCAACCGCAUGUUCUCAAGAGAUUUCAAUGCUGAACCAGAAUUAAUGCCAAAAACACCAUCACAGAAGAAGAAUAGUCGCAGGAAGCGUGUAUCUGUCGGGCAUCAGGAAGAAAAUCAAGCCAGACGAAGAUUUUCAAAGGGAAAGCGCAGUAACCUUCGUGGCUCCUCUGUCAAAUCACUGAACUUCAUUGCUGAAGAAGAGGCCAUUCCUGAGGCUUCCUCCUCUGAAGCAAACACCAGCACACAGCCUAAACGCACCACCCGCAGAAACAAACAAACAAAGUCAGAGGAGGCAGAGGAUGUUAGCAAGUCACAAGACAGCUGUGAAACCCAGGAGGUGCAGAACAAGAAGCCGCAGCUGGUAGAGGAGAAAAAAGAGAUGCACCAAAGCAACCAGGUGAACAAUGCAGAAGACGAGCCGGACCAUAUCUUUAGCACCGCCCAGUCCCCACCUAAGAUCCCCUCGCCUGAGGUUAUUGUCAGCAUCUCUGCAUCAGACCGCUUGUCUGCUGAGUCUGCUAAACAGCUGCAGCCUUCUCCUGGCCGUACAGCUGCUAAGAUUGCAAUAGCUGGCACAACUCGAAGCUCGCGACGGAGCUCUGUGCGAUGCUCCCUCAAACUACGUCACUCGCUGGCCGGUCUGCGUCACAGUAUGACACAGGAGUCUGUUCGCCGGGCCUCACGCCGCUCCAUGCUCAAGAGGAAGGCAACUCGCACGGGCAACUCCACGUGUAGCAGCAAUGUUGAUGAGGAUUCUUGCGUGGACUCUGCAGAGGAAGAGGAUAGAGAGCUUGUGUCAGAGGCUGUAAGUGCAGACUCUGAGGAGAAUCCUGCUGCUGAAGAAACUCCAGAGAUCCAGGUUAACCAGCGUGUACAGACGUCUGUUGGACACAUUACUCGAUCUGUGGCUGCAAAAGCUAUGAGCACUCCUAACAAGAAAUCGGUUGCCGAGAAGCAACAGACUCCUCAGUCAGGCCGCAGGUCACGCCAAAGUACCAAACGCAAAGCACCAGAUACUGUAGAGGAAAGUCCCUCAAAGAGGCACUCACCACCCAAGAAAAGUCAAAGUGCAGUGAGACCCCACAUGAGAACUUUCCUCCACACUGUGCAGAAGAAUCAGAUGCUAAUGAUGACUCCUAACUCUCUUGGCCGGACUGCUGUAAUCAAAUCCUUCAUCAAACAUACCACUCCUCUGAAGAUUGAUCCAAAGUUGGGCGAUGGUAUAGUGACAAAAGAGCGUCACAAGCUGGAAGCACUUAAGAAGAAGCAGGAACAAGAGGAGGAGAGAAUGAGAAAAAUGGAGGAGGAAAAGAAAAGGAAACAGGAUGAACUUAAAAGGAAGCGGGAUGAGAGGCUGAGAAGAGUAUUUGAGGCCAAAGUAAAAGAAGAGCAGAGGGAGGAAGAAAAGAAAAAGAAGAUUGAGCAAAAAAUGGCUCAGAUUGAUGAGAAAAAUGACAAGCGUAUGGCAGAGGAGAAGGCCAAGAAGAAAACAGCCCUUAAACGUCAAGAGGAGCUGGAGCAGAAGAGGAAACUGGAAGAAGAGGCUAAAAAGAAGAAGCAGCAGCAAGCAGAGGAAGAGAAGCGGCAGCAGGAGUUACUGGCCAAGAAGAAGGCCGAGGAGGAGGAACAGCGAGCUCGUAAGCUGGCUGAAGCUCGCCGAGCGCUGGAGCUGAAGAGAGAGCAGGAGCGUGAGAGGGAGAGAGAGCUGGAGAGAGAACGGCUAGCUGCUGCUGAAAGAGAACGAGUGGAAAAAGAAAAAGCUCUCGCUCUGCAGCGGGAACUGGAGAGAGCAGCGAGAGAAAAAGAGAGGAGAGAACUGGAGGAGAAAAGAAGGGCGCUGGAGGAGAGAAGAAAACUGGAGGAGCAGCAGAGAUUGGCUGCUGAGGAGAAAGCUGCAAAAGAGAGAGAAGCCGCUGCUGCUGCUGCUGCAGCUGCUGCUACUAAAAAGGCUGCUGAAACAAAGGCUGCUGCUGCUCUGAAUGUUACUGUGGAUAUUGAGCGCUCUGUGAUGAGCACGCCUGUAGGAAAAGGUGGUGGCCUCAAUGUGACUGUGGAUGUUGAGCAAUCACCACAGUCAUACUCCAUCACUCCAAAGGGCGGCAACAAACCCAUUAUGUCCAAAAGUGCUGAAGACUACGGGAUGGACCAAAACAGUGAUGACUCUACUGAUGAUGAGUCUGCCCCAAGGAAACCUAUUCCGUCCUGGGCAGAAGGUCACAAUCUGCAGCAGAUAAUUAUGAAGCAGUACUUCAACCCUCCUGAUUUAGACUCUUUCUUCGGAACAAUUGAACCACCAAAACUGGAAAACAUCUUUUACAAGAGCAAGCCGCGCUACUUUAAACGCACCAGCUCCGCAGUAUGGCACUCUCCUCCAAUUGGAAGCAAGUAAUAUCUGUACACUGAUACAGAUACAUGUUGCUGUAUAAAGUUUAAUCUUUGUUUUAAAAUGUUUCCAAUAAAGUAAGUGUUUUUUUUU